AUGGAAUCAUCGAUUAAUGGAUCACCUUUAUUAAAUCAUGCAAUAAAAAUACGUGGAAAAAAUGUUGAGUUACGAAAAAAAAUUGCACUAUUACAAAAUGAUAUUCAACUAAUUGAAAAAGAUAUUUUAACAUUAACAAAUACAUAUGAUGAUCUCGUUGAACAAUGUCGGGUCUUACAUGAAAAACAAACAGAUAGGAAGAAAGAUUCGUUAUUAGAAGAGUACCAAAACAAAUUUAAUAACUACAUUCAUGAUAUUGAAAACUAUAUAAAUAAUAAAGAAUGGAAUAUUUCUUCAAUUGAGAAAACAGAAAUUUCACCAUCAAAACCAUCUCCAUCUGUUGAAAUUGGUACUAAAAUUGAAGAAUUACCAGUUCAAACCUUAAAUGAUGAUCUCAAUCAACAAUUAGCAUCUGUAGAAAAUUGGCUUAUGGAAAGUGCUGUUACUGAUAUUAAUAAACAAUGUCCAAUCAUAACAGAACAUCAAAAUACAAAUGAUGGAACAGAUGAUUUAUAUCAAGAUUUAAUAUUUCCAACAUUAACUGAUGAGCUUCCUACACAAUCAGAACAAAUUCAUUUUGAUGAAAAUAAUCAUCAAGAACAAUUUGUUACAGCAAUAUCACCAGAAAAUUCCAAGCAACAACAACGUCCAGAUAAAAAUCAACGACGAUUUGCAUUGAUGAGACAAUUAGCAGAAAAAUCGAAUAAAACAGUAACAAGGAAAAUAAUAUAG